UCUAUCCAGUCUCCCCUCCUCUGCUCUGCACCUGCUCCUCCCCUCCUGCCUUAUUAUCCUCAGACUCAGAGCAGCGCUCCGUCCUCGCCAAGUGAUGCUCCUCGGCGGGGCGGCGCACAUCGGUGGGUUAUCACCGCCCGCUGCAAGGAGGGCAGCUCCGGCUUGUUUUUGUCCUCGCACUAAACGACGGCUGGAUAUGGGAAUGUGACGGGGCUUGCGAGAGAGUGAGCCGGAGGAGGGUAGAAACGACGAAGAAGCACUCAAGUCCCAUCCGAGAGAAGAGAAGGAGGAGGAGGAGGAGGGGGACUACGGGGAAACGGUCCCGUUGGGACGGGGGACGCAGCGGAAGGUUUUGUGAUUUAGCCCCAUAGUUUGAAAUAGACUUGAGAUGCUGGUUUUUGUUGUUUGGUUUUGAGGAAUUAACCACAGGAUUAAAAUCACCGGGUUCUUGGAGUUGCGUUCGGUCGGUCGGGGCUUUUCUGUUUGUGAUGGAGUGAGUGAAAGAGAGGGCGCACGGUAACUUCAGCCUCGCCAUGAAAUCAGUGUUUUUCAGCCGCUUCUUCAUCCUGCUGCCCUGGGUCCUUAUUGUCAUCAUCAUGAUCGAUAUCGACAGUAAAAGGACGAUCCGGACUCCGGCGGCCGGCCGGACCGGCAGGACUCAGCGCGCACCCCGGACCGGCGCACCGGGGGUCGGCAUCACCCAGAACCAAUCUGCCCUGCCGGUUAUCUACGCCAUCACUCCGACCUACACCCGUCCGGUGCAGAAAGCGGAGCUGACCCGGCUGGCCCACGCCUUCCGCCAGGUGCCCCGGUUCCACUGGAUCGUAGUGGAGGACUCUACGACGCGCACGGAGCUGGUGGCGCGCUUCCUGGCCCGGUGCGGCGUGCCGUACACACACCUGCAUGUGUUCACUCCCCGCAGGUUCAAGCGCGCCGGGAUGCCACGCGCCACCGAACAGAGGAAUGUGGCUCUCGCGUGGCUCCGGCAGCACCGGAACAAGCGGGACACCGGGGUGGUUUUUUUCGCGGAUGACGACAACACCUACAGCCUGGAGCUGUUCGAAGAGAUGCGCAGCACUCGAGGUGUGUCAGUUUGGCCUGUGGGAUUCGUGGGUGGCCGAGCGUAUGAGCGCCCCUUGGUGUCUGGGGGUAAAGUUGUGGGCUGGUACACCGGCUGGAGACCGGACAGACCCUUCGCCACUGACAUGGCAGGUUUUGCAGUGAACCUCCAGGUGAUCCUGGCGAACCCACGGGCGCUGUUCAAGCGGCGCGGCUCCCAGCCCGGGAUGCAGGAGUCCGACUUCCUCAAGCAGAUCACCAAGGUCAACGAGUUGGAGCCUAAGGCCAACAACUGCACCCGGGUGCUGGUUUGGCACACUCGCACAGAGAAACCGCACCUUGCAAAUGAGCCCAAACAUCGAAAGGACACUGUGGUCAUUGAGGUGUGAGAGGACGAGCUGAGCGGGGAAUCCGAAAGCAGAAGCUGGUUGUGGCUGCCCAUUAUCUCUUGGCUGGGUUUAAAGACAGCAUCCUGCCUUCUCUCCUUAUCGGGUUCAUACAAUCUGUUCACGACACACACACUGACUCAGAGGAGCUGCAUGAUUCAAGACUCGUGGCUGUCUGUCAAACGUGCUUUGUGAGAACCGGAUGGCACCGGAUAUGUUUGUUUUACAAACUUGAGAUGACUUGGACUUUUCAUUUUUCCAUCCACAGCUUGCUUACUGAAAAUUGAACUAGAAAUGUAAAAAAAGAAAAAAAAAAAACAUCAUUUGGAAUUAUUAAUGUCAUUUUUAAUCAUUAAUGCUUCAUUGUCAAAUUAACUGUGUCGCUGUGAUAUAAUUACCAUAAACAAGGCUUGUGGUCCAGCAUAUAUUUUAUGACAGUGGUAUUGUGAUUCCGGUGUUUGUGAAAGUAAAAGGAACUUUUAACAUUUUGGGAAAUAUGCUUAUUUGCUUUCUGAAAGUGACAUGAAAAGAUUGGUGUUAAUUUCAUGUGUUAGAUGCAGAUCUGGAAUCAGGAAGUGGUUAGCUAGCUUAGCUAAAAGACAGGAAGCUAGUCAGGACUGCUGUAAAGCUCCGCUUAAACUGAUAUCUCAUUAAUUUAACCUAUAUAUGAAUACAGAUGUAAAAAUAACAAUUUAUGGUUUUAAAGGGACUAUUUGUAAAUUUUCUCUGCCAUUGAACGUGGUUUCUUGUCUGGAGCAGGUGGUGGUGAUUGUUGCUUGACAAAAGAUUUGGCCGUUGUUGUCUUAAUAAUACAAGAGGUUAUAAUAACCCCUCUGAGCAGCGCUACGUCGUCAGGUUGAUACAGGCUAGGGCUAGCUGGUUAGCAUGUUAACCUCGGUAGAAAAAAAGACAUGAUAAAACAAGAGUUAGCAAUAGUGUUGCU